UCGCUCGUAACGGCCGCCGUUUCUAGUUGUUAUCUGCUGCUGCGUCUAGAAGAGCACGAUGCGCUACCGCACUCUCGAGAUCCGCUGGCACGACUCGAAGCCCAUUUUGAGCUGCGACUUCCAACCCGUCCCGUUCAAAAAGGCGCGUCCAACACAAGACCGAAAUUUCGCCACUCAGUCAUACAGACUCGCCACAGCUGGAGAAGACAACCAUGUUCGGUUAUGGAUGGUGCACCCAAACAUCAUGCCCACCUCGCUCGCUGAGGACGGCGAGAAAAUCACGCCCCGCCCCGCUCGAGUCGAGUACCUCGCCACGCUCAGCCGUCAUUCGGCCGCUGUCAACGUCGUCCGCUUCUCCCCCAAUGGGGAUCUGAUUGCUUCAGCGGGCGAUGAUGGGAUGAUUAUUGUGUGGGCGCCUACGAGUAGCCCGCCGACGGCAACGUACGGGAGUGACUUGACGGCGGACGAUAUGGUGUAUGAGAAAGAGUAUUGGAAACCGCGACUGACUCUCAGCACCACGAGGAUGCAGGUAUAUGACCUGGCCUGGAGUCCAACGGGAGAGUACAUUAUUGCUGGAAGCACGGAUAAUUGCGCAAGAAUUUGGAGCGUGACGGACGGUAAAUGCGUGCUUGAGAUAGCGGAGCAUAACCAUUACGUCCAGGGCGUCGCUUGGGAUCCCCUCAACGAAUAUGUUGCCACUCAGAGCAGCGACCGUUCGAUGCACAUCUACUCCAUCUCAACCAAGAACGGAGUCUUUGAAGCCCAUGCGGUAGGCAAGAACACUCGCAUGGCAUAUAAUCACAGCCGUACGCCCAGUUCUCAGAGCCGAAUUAAGCUCGCCCGUCGGGAGUCAACGGCAAGUGACGCAGAAUCCAGCGUCAGUGAUCAGUAUAACAAGGAGUCAAAGGACCCCGGCAAGGAUGAUCUUUCUAGUUAUGCCCCGCUCACUCCGGCUACGUCUGUCGCAAGCACGCCCUCUUCGAUGUUUCCUCCGCCGCCACUGGAGAAACCUUCCUCAAGGCGCUCAUCCUUCAGCGGUUCGAAUGCUCCCAGUUCGCCUUCGCAUUACGGUCGCUAUGGUCGCUCUCCAUCACCCAUGCCUCCUUUACCUGCUAUUCGAGCCCUCCCCUCCCCAGCUUGGUCUACCAUUAAGCUCUAUGGGGAGGAAAAUUACACCAAUUUCUUCCGGCGGCUGACGUUCAGCCCGGACGGCGGCCUGCUUAUGACCCCUGCUGGCCAGUUCGAGGACCCCUCAGUCGCCGCUGGAGCGUCAAAAACUCAAGCUGUGAACGAAGACGAAUCAACCACCCCAACUCGCGGACGCAAAACGCGACCAUCCAUCAACACCAAAGACGCUGGGAAAGAGACUCCUUCCUCCACCUCCUCUGUGUACAUUUACACCCGCGCCAAUUUUGCUCGCCCGCCUGUAGCGCAGCUCCCUGGGCACAAGAAAGCCAGUGUCGCUGUUAAAUUCUCCCCCAUGCUGUAUGAGCUCCGCAACGAAGUUCCUGGCAUAGAAGCACCUUCUCAGACUCCGAAGACGGGCACGGUGGAGAAGGGCAAGGAAGGUGACGUCCCAGUGAACAUCACUGGCCCCGUACCUCCCCCAUCCCUCCCGGCGUCUGCGCUCCCCUCACCCAGGACCGAGAAGGGGCCCUCGGGCGCCCCGCUCGCGGCCCCUGCGCCUCAGCAUGUGCCGCCCGAGUCGACGCUGCUUCAAUCCCCUACCCAUGCGCUCAAAACGCCAACACCAUUAACAUCAGCGCCACCCACGCCUGCUCUGAUCGCAGCUGCGGGAACCUCAUCUGGAGCCUCGAGUUCGGGAUCGGUGUUCGCGUUGCCGUACAGGAUGCUUUAUGCCGUGCUUACCAACGACACCGUUACAAUAUACGACACGCAACAAUCCGGGCCUGUUUGCAUGCUCACGAAGCUGCACUACGAUGAAUUCACAGAUGCGACUUGGUCACCAGACGGCCAAUGCCUCAUGAUCUCCUCGCGCGACGGCUAUUGUACUAUCGUCAUUUUCGACGAAAUACUUCCGACGCACCAUACGCAGCAGCAGGCGCUCCAGAUGCAAUCCAUCGCGCACCACAAUUCCGUGCCGCUCACGUACACGCCCUCCUCGCAGACUACCGGCCUCCCGUCAUCCACAUCCUCCCAUGCACCAACACCGUCGUCGUCGUCGGUGCCCCUCAAGCGGAGCGAACCGUCGACGCCGCUGCAGACGGCGGAGGACGCGCCUACACCUGCCCCACCUGCAUCGGGACCAGGUUCAAGUAACAAGCGGGAAGAGGCGGUGGACAAGAAGGAAGAGCCACCGAAGAAGAAGCGGCGCGUUGCGUUAACGCGGGUGGGGGACCUCGCGAAUUCGUGAUCCAUGAUGCACGAUGGCUUUGCCUGACGAAAUGUGACGCUUGUUAUUUACGAUGUAUGACUGACUUCCGUUCUGCCUUUUCCUUGUUCUCUUCUUUCUGCAUUUAUACUGCCUGCCUCUUGUGACUCAACGUCGACUCAUCGCGUUCCGAUUGACCAGCUACCUUUUUUGCACCAAUUUACCACCUAGUUCAGCUUUUACGAUAUGCUCUCCUUUAGUUUCUCAAGUCUCUUAGUAGCAUUCAUGCAUCUGCCACGUUUUACGAAUUGCAUCGCAGAUCACUCAUGCUCUACGCUUUGUGUACGUCGAAAUGGCCAUAGACGAUACGGCACAUCCG